AGGAGGGGGCAGUAAAAACAGAGUUGGGAUGCAGACAGCGAAUCACAUGAGCGUGGAUCUGUUUACAAACUGAGAGCUCCAUAGAUGAGAAGUAAAACAAGAGACGACGACGUAAGGAACGAAAGCCUUGAUGUGAGGAAUCAGCAUUAUCUUCUUGUGCUGUGUCUCAACAGCAGGACUUCAGACGAAGAGAUGAAGUGCUGCUUUCCACUGGAACACUGAGGCUACUUGCUUGGCUGCCUGUGCUGCUGCUGCUGCUGCUGCUGGGGAACCCAUCCAUGUCCCUUCCCUUUGUGUCUCCAUAAUUGGCCACGGCAGGUUUUCACAGCCAGAGAGGAGGACAAGUGACGUGGAGAUCUAAAAGAGGAGAGGAGAAAGAAGGAGGGGGAGAAAGAGAGAGAGCCUCGUGACAAUGUUUUGAGUGGGAGACAAAGCACAAGGCAGGUACUGCUCAGCUGCUGUACAGCUACUGUGCAGCUCCAUCGCUGGAUGACCACAGGAGUAUUCUUCUUUAUAGACAUGAGCUUCCUUUUCUUUUCAAGCUUCAAGACUGUUGUCAGUGUCCAGCAGGAAGACAUUUGAGGACCCUUGUUCCAUCCUCUGUGCAAUAAGGGGGAUGUUUGUGCUACGUCUUUUGGCUGAAUCAUUGGAGGACAAAUAAACAGUCGGUUAUGCCUUCUUAAGGAAAUUGUGAGUCUGUACUCACAACUAACAAAAAUUGGACGGACUGCACCUUUUAUUCAUCAGGACAAAUCAAACCACAGCUAAUUGUUCCAUGCAAGAGUCACUCCCAAGUUGCUGGAGAGACAAAGGUCACCACGUCUGUUUUUCACAUCACUGCCAUCAACAUUUGUUGCCACCCGUCCAGUGGUUGAACGGGUGCCGUUGUGACCUAGAAUAAAAGAGGUCAGAACCCCCCUGCAAGAUGACAUCUGAAGAGCUCUUCCAUUUGCCGCUCAACGUCUACAUCAUCAUUCUGGGCAUCGGCCUUUUUAUUCUCAUGCUCAGCUUCAUCUUUUGCUGCUACUUGUUCAGACUCAGGCGACAAGGUGAAAGAGAACACUUUGGCUACAAUGAGGUAGUUCUAAAAGGAGCGGGGAAGAAACUGAGCCUUCUUGGACAAACAUGUGCAGUGUGUUUAGAAGAGUUUCGCAGCCGGGAUGAACUUGGAGUGUGCCCAUGUUCCCAUGCUUUUCAUAAGAAGUGUCUACUCAAAUGGUUGGAGAUUCGUAGUGUCUGCCCCAUGUGCAACAAGCCAAUAUGCCGCCUCCAGCCUGAACCCUCACAAGCUCCCGAGCAGCCACAGGGUCUUUUAGAGGUCUAAUAAAAAGAACAUGAUGAGCACAACCUGACACCUGUAACUUCAACUGUACCACAAACUGUAGUUUAGUAGCGUUUUUAUAAGAGAAAACUUCAUGUGGAAGGACUUUUUGGAAUGUGACUGUACUCUUUAGCAAUUGUUUAUAAUUGUGGAGUAAAAAAUGUUGUACAAAAGCCA